AUGAAUAAUAAUUACACAGAAAUCGGUCUUUUGUUUCAAGGACUAGUCACUAAUGUGCAAUAUACGUUCAUUAUGGAAUUCUGUUCUGAAGCUGGUACAAUAUUGGCGUUUAUCGGCAUCAUUUCAAACGUGAUCAAUAUUAGAAUUUUUUGUUCCAUGGGUUUGACAGAUGGCAUCACCGUCUCUUUCCUCUCUUUGUCUAUUUUUGACCUGGCGUACCUCAUCCCUUCGUUUUCAAUGGGAGUUUCCAUAGGUUUAGGUGUUAUUGAACUACGAACGCCCACGGCGUUUGUCAUCGAACCUCAAGGAGUUUCUAUACUUAUGGCUAAAAUUAUGGUGCUUGUCAACAUCACAAAUGUACUGACAACAACAUUUCUAGCAGUUGCUCGUUGCAUGUGUGUAGCCAAACCACUGCAUUUCAAAAAUUGGUUCACUAAAAAUAGAGCUCUUGGAUUUAUUCUUUCAUUUGUUAUUCUUGCCGUUGCCAGCUACGCACCUGUUACUGCUUAUGUUGGCAUCGUGACACAGUUUGACGUUAUGAAAAAUAUCACCAGGCCCAUUUUGUGGGUGUCUCCCAAACGGGAAUCAGUCAAAGUUAUCGCCUGGAUAAUUAAGGAUUUGAUUUUGCCAUUUGCUACACAAUUCAUCGUUGUAGUCUGUGUUGUUAUCAUGGCCAGCAGCCUUCGAAUCUCGUCCAGAUUCAGACAAUCUGCCGUACUGACGUCAGAGAAAGCAUCAUCUGCGUUGGAUUCAAACUAUAAUUUCACUGUCUCCAGUACAUUGACUGUACCCACAGACAAACUUUCUAGAAAAGACGUACGUGUGGUUCAGCAAGUAGUCCUGAUAUCUGUAGUGUACAUCGUUUGCAACACACCGAAGAUGGUCAUUAGCACGGCUGUCGUCACGGUGCCAGAUUUUACAAUUGGCAAACGGUACAGUAACCUCUAUUUAGGGGUCAUUGCCCUAAGGCAUCAAUUUGAGAUUUUAAAUGAUGCAGUUAAUACGUUUAUUUACUACAGAUACAAUACUAAAUUUCGGACAAUACUUCUCUCUGCAUUAAAGAGAAUGAGACGAUAA